AUGAGAGAUGAGGAGGGACUUCUCCCCGCGGUCCAGUCCCUUUUCGAGGACGAGAACAUCAAGCACAUUUGCGAAAACGUCAACGUCUACGCGGCUGUCAGACAUGGCGUCAUCGACCUGAUUUUGAGCCUCACUUUGGCCAAGGACAGCCAAGAGUGGAUGAUUGACAAGGGUUUCUUGACGCUCCUGGCAAGCAUCUGUGCGACUGAUAGAUACGAUAUGGAGGAGAUACCUGCAACAAUGUCUUGCGCUACCGUCCUCUGGCGCCUGUGUGACUCCCCCACCCUGUCCAGAAAGAUCAAGGAGGCAGGCGAGCUGUCCUCAAUUCUCGAACCUUACUCACGCUUGCUGAACUCAAAGCUUAGAGGGGUUUGGGACGUCUUCCAAGAAACAAUGAGGCGCAGGUCUGGAAAAGCUUCCAAGGUCAAAGCAGCUUCGGUGAGGGAGAUUUGGAAGUAUAAUGCAUCGAAGUUCAUCGGCAUAGCGGCAGUCUGUUCUUGGGAAGGCUGCUCGGAGGGGUUGGACCUGAGCCUCGCCGCCUUUGGGCUGGACCUAGAGGGACUGAAGAAGAUCAAAAAGCUCAGCAGAUGCGGCCGCUGCGGCAUGGCCUACUACUGCAGUAAAGACCACCAGAAGCUCCACUGGGUGACGCACAAGAAGGACUGCUUCGAUGCCACGGCGAAUUGA